AAGCUAUCCAAAGACUGGAGGAACGUGUAAAAAGCCCGCGCGCCUUCUUUCGCACCCCGCCCCUCCUCCACACCUUUCGGCCGACCACCUUCAACAACACCACCCAACCGCCACCACCACCCUUCGUACUCGACGACUUCGAGCACCAGUAGCCAAGAUGGCGGAACCGAACUACAGUCACUUUCGAUACUUCGAAAACAAGUACCCCGAGAUCGAUGAGUUCGUCAUGGUCAACGUCAAGCAGAUUGCCGAGAUGGGUGCCUACGUCAAGCUUCUCGAGUACGACAACAUUGACGGCAUGAUUCUGCUUUCCGAACUUUCGAGACGUCGUAUCAGAAGUAUCCAGAAGCUCAUCCGUGUGGGCCGUAACGAGGUUGUCGUCGUCCUGCGUGUCGACAAGGAGAAGGGUUAUAUCGAUCUUUCCAAGCGUCGUGUGUCGCCAGAGGAUAUCAUCAAGUGCGAGGAGCGGUACAACAAGGGCAAGAUGGUCCACUCCAUCAUGCGCCACGUCGCCGAGAAGACCCUUACCCCGAUCGAGCAGCUCUACGAGACCAUCGCAUGGCCCCUCAACAAGAAGUACGGCCAUGCGAUUGACGCCUUCAAGCUGUCUAUCACGAACGUCGAGGUCUGGAACGACGCCACCUUCCCCACCGAGGCCGUCUCCGAGGAGUUGAAGUCAUAUAUCGCGAAGCGUCUCACCCCUCAACCCACAAAGGUCCGUGCCGACGUUGAGGUCACCUGCUUCGGAUACGAGGGUAUCGACGCCGUCAAGAACGCCCUGCGCACCGCCGAGGCGCGCAACGACGACCAGACCCAGGUCAAGGUCAGACUCGUGUCCCCCCCUCUGUACGUCCUGACCAGCACGUGCCUGGACAAGAACCUCGGUAUUACCCGCCUCGAGGAGGCCAUUGUCGAGAUCCGCAACAGUAUCGAGGCUGCCGGCGGUUCAUUGGUGGUGAAGAUGGAGCCCAAGGCCGUUACGGAGAACGAUGACGCCGAGCUGCAGGCCCUCAUGGAGAAGAGGGAGCGCGAGAACGCCGAGGUCAGCGGUGACGAGAGUGUCUCCGAGAGCGACGACAACCCGGAGGUUUAGAUUUUUUCUCUGGAGUCAACGUCAUCACAACAAAAAAGGGGCAGCUGGUAGAAUGAGCGUACUGGCAGGCUGGGAAUCCAGAGUGAUUCUAAUGAGACGACCAAAAA